AUGGAGUCCAAGUCUUGCUCCAACGAAACGGGGCCCCGCCUCUCCCGGCUACCUCGCGACGUCCGCGACGACAUCUACCGCCGAGUCCUCGUCGUGCCCCAUCCGCUCUACCUCUACACACAGGGCACCUCCCACAAACUAGCGCUGCUCUACACCAGCCGCGCGAUCCACGACCAAGCCGUCGAAACACUGUACGGGUCGCACCAGUUCGUGCUGGCCGACACGGCGCGCAGCGGCCAGGCCGCUCUCCUGCAGUCCUUCCUGCGCUUGAUCAGGCCCGCCAACGCGGCGUGUCUGCGCCACAUCUGCAUCAACUUCCCCGCCGUCGCCGUCGACGUCACAGGCGAGCAGCGAACGACGGGAGACAGGAUGGGGCCGAGUAUGCUCUGCGAGGACGAGUUGCGCGGGCUGAGGCUCAUCCGAGACAGGUGCCGCGGCUUGACAACGGUGGAGAUGUAUGUGCACAGUGAGAACUCGCGGGGUCUCGUCGCGGCGGCGGCGGGCCAGGAGGGGGGAUGUCGCGGCACGUAGAGCAGGUGUUGGCCGAG